AUGCACUUGCGACCGCAGCUGAUUGCGUCGUCGUUUCUCCACCCCUUACUUGCUCGGUAUUUAACUGCUUUAUAACUAUUUAUUUUUCGUUUGUCAAGUAAAAAUACCCUCGCUUAUAAUUGGCGAACAAUUAUAUCCUGCCGUUGGUAUUCAUCCUAUUUGCCUGUUUGAAAUUUUAAUUCUGCAUCCUCGUCUAAACUUCCCCCCACCCAGGUCGUUGUGUAUCACAACAACAACCGCAACCCAGAAGAUGCCAAAGUAAGUGCUUCAUACAAGCAGCGCUCGUCUGCGUGAAUUCCUUCAUAAUUUUAACUCUUUCUUAGAUACUACUGCGAUUACUGUGACAAGUUUUUGACGCAUGACUCUCCGUCUGUGCGCAAGACACACUGCACCGGCAGAACCCACAAAAAUAGCGUGAGUGAUUACUACCGAAAGUGGUUGGAGGAUCAGGUGCAGAAGCUGGUUGAUCAUGCCUGUGAGUUUCAAAAUUUUACUAAUUCCACCUUGCUAGCUGAGGCAUACAAACAGGGUAAGGUUCCGCCGCCUAUGUUUGGAGCCGCGAUGGGAAUACCUCCACCGGGAAUACAAAAUCCAGCAGGGAUGCCUGCCUACCCACCCGGCUUUCCGCCGCUGAUGAGCGUCCCUCCACUAGGCAUGGGGCCACCACAGGGUAUGGUUCCGGGGAUGAGGAUUCCCCUGGGUGCCCCAAUGCCACAUGCUUGGACACCCGGACCUGGAAGCAUGCCGCCUAUGCCUGUUGGUGCUGGUGGUGUGCCAGUUCCCUCAGCGACUCUGCCAACGCCUGGGAUACGCCCUCUGAUGCCUGCCCCCGGGGUACCGCAUAUGGGUCCCCCACAGUAA